UCUCUCUCUCUCUCUCUCUCUCUCUCUCUCUCUCUCUCUCUCUCUCAUGCUCUCCCCUUCCCUCUUCCCUUAAAGUGCUGCAUUGCGUUCCCUAGUCAGAGACAUUCUUGGUUAUACAGAAGAAGUACACACUGCUGCCUGGGUUCAGCUGCAGGUGUAUAACGCCACUGUGGGGGAAACUCUGUGUGGACCUGUUUUCUUUACAUCUGUGAUUCCUUCGUUAUGGGAAAGGAGAAGAUCCAUAUUAAUAUAGUUGUAAUUGGCCAUGUCGAUUCUGGGAAGUCCACCACUACUGGCCACCUCAUUUAUAAGUGUGGGGGCAUUGACAAGAGAACCAUCGAGAAAUUUGAAAAGGAAGCUGCGGAGAUGGGGAAAGGCUCAUUUAAAUAUGCUUGGGUUCUGGACAAGCUGAAGGCAGAGCGAGAGAGAGGCAUCACAAUAGACAUUUCCCUUUGGAAGUUUGAAACCUCUAAAUACUACAUCACCAUCAUCGAUGCUCCAGGACACAGAGAUUUCAUCAAGAAUAUGAUUACCGGGACUUCCCAGGCAGAUUGUGCUGUUCUUAUUGUGGCAGCUGGGGUAGGCGAGUUUGAGGCAGGUAUCUCUAAGAAUGGACAGACUCGUGAACAUGCCCUGCUUGCAUACACGCUGGGUGUCAAGCAGCUGAUUGUUGGUGUUAACAAAAUGGACUCCACAGAACCUUCUUACAGUGAAAAGCGCUAUGAUGAGAUUGUUAAAGAGGUCAGUGCUUACAUCAAGAAGAUUGGAUACAGCCCUGCCGCUGUACCCUUUGUCCCUAUUUCUGGAUGGCAUGGGGACAACAUGCUGGAACCUUCCACUAAUAUGACAUGGUUUAAAGGCUGGAAACUCGAGAGGAAGGAACAGCAUGCCACCGGAAUAACUCUCCUUGAGGCCUUGGACACGAUUAUGCCUCCCACACGUCCCACUGACAAGCCUUUACGCCUUCCUCUGCAGGAUGUUUACAAAAUUGGAGGCAUUGGGACAGUACCUGUGGGCAGAGUGGAGACUGGCAUCCUGCGUCCAGGCAUGGUGGUGACCUUUGCCCCUGUCAAUAUCACCACAGAAGUGAAGUCUGUGGAAAUGCACCAUGAGUCCCUGAGUGAAGCGGUGCCGGGUGAUAAUGUAGGAUUCAAUGUGAAGAAUGUGUCGGUAAAGGACAUUCGCAGGGGAAAUGUGUGUGGAGAUAGCCGGUCAGAUCCACCCCAGGAAGCUGCAGGCUUUACAGCACAGGUUAUCAUUCUAAAUCAUCCAGGGCAAAUCAGUGCCGGCUACUCCCCCGUCCUUGACUGUCACACAGCUCACAUCGCCUGCAAGUUUGCUGAACUGAGAGAGAAGAUUGACCGCCGCUCAGGGAAGAAGCUGGAAGACAACCCCAAGUCCCUGAAGUCUGGAGAUGCUGCCAUUGUGGACAUGAUUCCAGGGAAACCCAUGUGUGUGGAGAGUUUUUCUCAGUACCCUCCUUUGGGACGCUUUGCAGUGCGAGAUAUGAGACAAACCGUUGCUGUUGGGGUCAUCAAGAAUGUAGAAAAGAAAAUUGGUGGGAGCUGCAAAAUCACUAAAUCAGCCCAAAAAGCUCAGAAGGCUGUCAAAUAAAUGUUGUUGUUCCCUUCCGUCCC